GCGCCGCCUUGUGCCGAACCUGCAUCUUCUCUUCUCAAGCCAAAGAACCGCAUUCCAAUCAUGGUUCCCAGGAUACAGUACCGCCCGCUCUUGCGGCUGGCACAGCGCCGGAGGAACGGUUGCAGCCUCGCAGCCCAACCGUUCCAAUCGCCUUACUGGCUGUCCCCUGCACCUAGUCGCCGACUCCGACCCAUCUCGACAUCCCCUGUGCGUCAGCAAGACCCGAAACAAACCGCGACGACCCCGGAGCCGGAGACGUCCGCCUUCCCACAAUCCAAACCCGUCGACCCGACAACACCACCGCCGCCCUCUCCGGCUGCCAAGCCAGCCCCAAAGAAAGCCCGCUUCACCCCGCGCCUCCUCCUCGCCAUCACCUGCACCCUGGCCGGCGCCGCCCUCGGCUCCUCCUUCCGCCUGCUCCUCUCCCCGCCGACCCCUCCACAACCACACACGGAGGAAGACGCGUACGCAAUCCGCGUGCUGCACGAGCAGGCGGCGCAGCUGCCCAUCGUGCGCGAGCUCGACGCGGACCCGGACACGUGGGAGAGCUGGGACGCGUACGCGGCGCUGACGCCGGAGCACCGGGCGCAGCACAUCAGCGCGGGCGCGCUGGCCGGGUCGCGCGGCAUCGGCGGCUUCCAGCGCGUGUGGCGGCACCGGCACCGGCGCCCGGCCGAGCUGGUCAGCGUCGUGUACUUCGGCUCCGCCACCACCGGCUGGCCGGGUGUCGUGCACGGCGGCUGCCUCGCCACGCUGCUCGACGAGAGCUGCGGCCGCGCCGCCUUCCAGGAGUGGGGCGGCCGCCCCGGCCUGACGGCCUGUCUCGGCUUGGAGUACAAGAAGGUCACGCUCGCGAACGGGUUCUACGUCGUGCGCGUGCGCGUGCGCCCCGACGAGGAGCUCCCCGAGCACGAGAGGGGCAAGCGGCAUUACAAGUGCUGGGUGGACGCGUCGGUGGAGGAUGCGGCUACCGGGACCGUGACGGUGACCGCGCAGGCGCUGUUUGUGGGCGGGCAGGGAAGGAAGAACGGGAAGAAUGGGAUGAAGGCGGGUGGGCCGGCGGAAGAGGUGUUGAGUGGCAACGCGCGGGAUACGCAUCUUAGGUUUUGAGAUGGGGGUAGAGGGAUAUGACGGGCGGAGGGUGUUGUUGCAUCGGAGGGCGUUGUUGCAUGGUGGUGUACGUUUCUGUGUGGAUGCAAAGGGCGCUGACACAAUCCAUCUGGCUUUGUUUGCAGCUUCUGUCAGCCCGAGCCCGAUUGCGAGCGCCGAGAGAUCUGUUGUUGCAUUGGACCAUGGCGAGCGCGUAUGGCGUACUUGAGAAUGGUGCCUCGAGCCAGGAAUGAAAUCGAUAUGAAUCAUGUUAAUUUUAUACGUCCCUUGUGUAAAAGAAGUCGAUCUGCCCAGUUUCAAAUGACAUACCAGGUGCCGAGCUGCCCAGGGAGGCGCCAAGAGUUCGAGGUUAUGGAAGUGGUUGUUUAGGAAGCAUCGCAUAUUUC